CACAGCUGAUCACGUGAUGUGGUAAAAGGCCGAUCACAGCGGCCUUUUACACGUGAUCAGCGGUGUCCAAUGACAUGCUGAUCAGAGGGAAAUGCAAGUGCCGUGGGGAUCGGCACCGAUCAUCAGGGCACUGAUGAUCAGUGCCCUGAUGAUCGGUGCCCAGCAGUGCCACCCGCAAGUACCGCCCACCUGUGCCCAGCAGUGCGCCCACUAGCUCCGCCCACCUGUUGCCCAGCAGAUCACCCACCUGUGCCCAGCAGUGCACCCCACCUGUGCC